AUGUCUUUCGUCCCGAUUAAAGAUGGCGAAUUCACCAGUACUAUCUACGGCAUGAUCAAAGACAGCAAAUUCACGGAAGUGAUGCGCAUCCUGCAGUAUGAAUUGCAGCGUAGCCCAUCGAAUCGAGCCGCGCUGUCACUACUCGGCUAUUGUCAAUACUACACCCAAGAUUUCCACGGUGCCGUCGAGAGUUAUGAACAAUUGACGCAGCUCUACCCGGGUUUUCCCGAGUACAAAUUGUAUUAUGCACAGUCGCUGUAUAAUGCUUUUAUGUUUCCAGAAGCAAUGGCCGUUGCGUCAAUUAUCGAAGACCCCCGAUUUCUGGGGGAGGUGAUCAAGCUCGAAGCUGCGAUCAAGUAUAGGGAAGAAGACUUGACAAAUGCUCGGAUUCUCGUCGAACAAUUCCCCCAGGACGACGCGGAUAUUGAAGUGAAUCUGGCGUGUUUGGAUUACAAGGAAGCGCACUACGACAAGGCGCUGGAACGGUUCAACCGUGCUACCGGGACCUUUGGGUAUCAGCCGGAAUUGGCGUACGCACAAGCUCUGUGUCACUAUCGAAAGAAGGAAUACCCGCAGGCACUGAAGUACAUCUCCGAUAUCAUCGACAAGGGCGUCAAGGACCAUCCUGAAUUGCACGUUGGUAUGGUGACGGAAGGGCUAGAUGUGCGUUCGGUUGGGAAUAGUCUACUUCUCCACGAGACCGCCCUCAUCGAGGCCUGCAAUUUGAAGUUUGCCAUCGAGUAUCGCCUCAAGAAUUUGGACGCGGCCUCGGAGGCGCUGACGGAUAUGCCGCCGAGGAGCGAGGAGGAAUUGGAUGCUGUUACUUUACAUAAUCAGGCCCUAAUCGGUAUGGAUCUCGCUCCGGGUGAUGGAUUCGCAAAGUUACAGUAUCUGCUCAGCCAGAACCCAUUUCCCCCGGAGACGUUCGCCAAUCUACUAUUGUUGUACUGCAAAUAUGAGUACAUCGACCUGGCGGCGGACGUACUUGCCGAGAACGCGCAUCUCACCUACAAACAUCUAAGCCAGUAUUUAUACGACUACCUGGACGCGGUAAUCAACAUGCAAACCUCACCGCUCGACGCUUACCAGAAAUUCGACGCGAUGGGCCAGGAUGUGACGAACGAGCUGAGGAAGUUGACGAAACGGGUCCAGGAAAUUCGCCAGACGGCCGAUGAUGAUCAGAUCCGGAAGGCGGUAGACGCGUACGAUGAGGCGUUGGAGCGAUAUCUUCCCGUGCUAAUGUCGCAGGCGAAAAUCUACUGGGAUCAACAGGACUACAGCCAAGUCGAGAAGAUUUUUAGAAAAUCCGUAGAAUUCGCGAGUGAGCACGACGUCUGGAAGUUGAAUGUCGCACAUACGCUUUUCAUGCAAGAGCAAAAAUUCAAAGAGGCUGCCGGUUUCUACGAGCCCAUCGUCAACAAGCACUACGAUAAUAUCCUCGAAAUCUCGGCAAUCGUGCUCGCCAAUCUCUGCGUUUGCUAUAUAAUGACGAAUCAAAAUGAGGAGGCAGAAGAAUUAAUGCGAAAAGUGGAAAGGGAAGAGGAAGCCAUCGGAGACACGAAGAAGACAUUCCAUUUGUGCAUCAUUAAUCUGGUGAUCGGCACGUUGUACUGUAGCAAGGGGAAUUUCGAGUUUGGAGUGUCGAGGGUGAUCAAGGCGAUGGAGCCGUUUGAGAGGAAGCUGGGGACGGAUACUUGGUUUUAUGCCAAACGAUGUUUGAUUGCGAUGAUAGAGACGAUGGCGAAGCAGAUGGUCGUAAUGCGAGAUGCCGUCGUCCACGAAGUGCUACAAUUCCUGGACAAAGCUGAGGCGAACGGCCGCGAGAUCGUCACCUCACUCGACGGGCCCCUCAUGGAGUUGCAGCCGAUCGAAUCGGCUCGGAAGACGGUACUCUACGAAGCGCGACAAAUCAAGGCGUUGUUAUUGAAAGUUAUCAACUAU